AUGAAACUCAAGCUUAGCAAACUUUUCCAAAGGACGUCGGUGCAAGUCACAACACAGUCAUCACUCGCCGUCUCUGCUGCCGCUCCAGACUCGGGCUUCGCAUUCCUGCAGAACUCACAAGGUGCAUCAGCAGCCCUGAACGAGUUGUCUAGCGCGCUUUCCGUCGCGCUACAACAAAUCAAUCUAGAUAAUAAUUCUACCGACGACGACGGCUUUGUCAAGACACAACUACGACGUCUUGAAACGGCUGUGGGGAGAUAUGAAAACUCAAGGUCCAUAUCAUGUCGUGGAUUAGUUGAGUGGAAGGGGUCCUCUGGCGUUACAUGGCUUGUUUCGGUGGCUUUUAGCUGCGCGGCAGCUGUCUACAAAACGGCUCCCAAGUCUUCGGUCGUGCAUGACUCCGGCUCCUCAGAAGCGGCGGCACUUCUAGCACUGGACAAGACCUCGGCCCAUCGCAAGCCGCAGGUCAAUGGUACCGUGUUUAGGGAGCGAGAGUACAAUCGCCCGAGUAUCGGAGGGACGGAAAAAGCCAUUGGCGUUUGGACGGCGGCGCAGUCGGCAAGCUAUGACGGCCCGCCAGUGUUGAUCAUUGCUGUCAGGGGGACUGCGAGGUUUGUGGAUUCCCUUGUGAAUCUGAAUGGGAGACCGCUUGCGGCCGAUGAGUUUCUGGGAACGAGUCACCUAUCCGCGUCGCAUGAGAACAAAGCCGUCUCAGUACAUGGUGGAGCAGUCGCUUCCAUUCUUUACGUCAAAUGUCUGCUUGAGGCCGCCAAGGACUAUCCCAGUCUCAAGCUGUCAUGCAUCACGUUUGGUGCACCCCCAACCUUCAACACGAACCUUACCAAGACCCUCCGUGCUGAAGGGUCUCUUGCGAACAGCCGCGGACACACGUUGGCGUUUGUCAACGAAUUUGACGUUGUGCCGCGCGUGGACCAGUCCUACGUCCGGUCCCUCAUUGAUCUCUACCGGGCAUUCUACAAUCUCGGCCCAUUAAUGGCGGAUGGCGUUGAGUGCCGCAAAAACGAAAAUUAUGAUCAAUCCGAAUCCAGUGACAGCAGCAUCCAGUCAUAUGUGCUGCCGCCGUUGGAGUUUCAAGAAGACGUCAAAGAAGAGAUUGAGGAGGAGGAGGCAGAACAUGCCAGGGCCCCAGUCUGGAAACUGCCUUUGCCAGAGUAUAACAACUUUGGAGAUAUGGUUCUUUUGAGAAAAGACCGUCAACCUGUCGAUGCAACAACUCCAGGUGAUGGUAGGAAGAACACUAGUUCUAGGGUGCUCAGAGCGUAUACCGUUCCGCUGGAAGAGUACCAGAGGCUUCUUUUUUGCGGCACGCAGACGCACAGCAGGUCGUAUUAUGCUGAUAGAGUCGAGUUGCUGCGGCAGGGGGCGUUUAACGAGAGAGAGUCUUGGUAG